CCAGGUAUUAGGAACGCACUUGAAGGUUUCUCUACUUGUAAUUGCUGUAUACACAGCCACCAUCUCUGCGACUCAUCAUGACUACACGACACAUUAUAGAUACGCUCUAGACGGUCUUGGCUUUCGUCCACUACACAUGGACGCUUGGAUAUAAGUUCCCUGGUUCUUUUCUUUUCGCUUGAAGUCAUGGCGAUACGCCCUUUAGAAAUUAAGGAAGUUGGCUACUUUUAUAGGAGCUAGCUAAAGAUUGUUUCAAAGAUAGAAUGGGUGGUCAGUUUACACCCUACGAUCCCCUAAGAUGUCCACACUAUGCUCAAUUCGCAUCUGGCCUCGAUAGGAUCCAUUUCGAUGGUAUCUACUGGACGUUUUUCUUCACAGUGAUCGGUAUUCUGUUUGUUUCAUCGUGGAUUUAUCAAUCGACGAUGAUGUACAAGGAAAAGCCAGAAUACAACGAAGUCGCCUUCCGACGGAAACUCAAGUCCAGUCUCGCUUGGUGCACGUCACUAUUCCUAGUCGCUGCCGUUCUUCUCGUGAUCGAAGUCUUUGCCCUUCUAGCACUGCAGUUCUGCGAUGGCGAGGACCUCAUGUCACUCUACUGGUCCACAUGGACUAUGCUACAAUUAGGAUCCGAGAUUGCCAUCUUAGGUAUUGUGAUGGCGCUGUGGCAUAAUCUAUGCAAUUUCAAGCUCCCGCUUUGGACUCUCGCCCUGGGCACGCCUGUACUUGUCGUCGCGGGUAUCGGUCACGUUAUCCACGUCGCGUUUAGGAUGCUUUUCAAGAAGGCGAAAGCUAAGCGACAGGCGCGUAAGUCGGGGUCCAAUGUGACAUCAGCUGCUCCUAGCGUGAUGAUGACUGAUACUGCUACGGCAUGCUCAGUUCGCAGUGAUAGCGUCAAGCCCGAGCAAGAACAUACCGACCAAUUAAGCGUUAUAGAAGCCGGCCGUGCUAUGCGCUUCAUGAUGGAUGUAGGUGAUGACGAACGUGUAAAACAAUGGCCCUCUUUUGUGGGAAUGGCGGAUGGUAAAGCUAUUGUACAGAUGACUGUAUAUACUGGGUCUUUCACCAGCGAGAAGGCUUAAUUUUGUACAUAAUCAAUAGUUGGCUAAAAAAUAGGAGUUGUUAAUAUUUAUGGUUUCUACACCUCUAAUCAAUGAAUCGUAUCUGUAUUUGCGAAUUUUUAGUUGAAAAUAACUGAGACUUCAAGCCUAAGUCGGUAGUAUAUCAACUCCAACGUGUAGUAGAAUUUUAUGGAGGCAUUUG